AACUGGUGUGCAAGAUCAGAGCACUGUCUUACUGCAGCCAUGAUCCCACAUGCUGUCCUCCUAAGCCUACUGCUCACCUCCACCGCGGCUGUUCCUGCACGGAGUCCAACCAGGGAGGAGAGGUCCUUGCCAGGGAAGGACCUGGACAUCUACAGCUACCACAUCAGGUCUGAUGUCGGCAGCCGCUAUGCCAUGACCGUCAUCACCAGCCGGGUUGCCAACCGUGCCAACCAUUCCCGUGAGGUGUCCUUUCAUGUCGAGUUGCCCAAGAAUGCCUUCAUCAGCAGGUUCAGCAUGAAUAUUGAGGGGCAUGUGUAUGACGGGGUAGUGAAGAAGAAGGAGGAGGCGCAGGAACAGUACACCCGGGCUGUCUCCCGCGGCCAGAGUGCUGGACUUGUCAGUGCUGUAGGAAGGUCUCUGGAGGAGUUCAAGACUUCUGUGACAGUGGCAGCACUCAGUAAAGUGACCUUUGAGCUGACCUAUGAGGAGCUGCUAAAACGUAAGCUAGGGAAGUAUGAGCUGCUGAUCAAAGCCAGGCCCACGCAAGUUGUGAAAGACUUCAAGAUUGAUGUGCACAUUUAUGAGACACAAGGCAUCAGUUUCCUGGACACCAAGGGGGGGCUGGUCUCCAAAGGCCUAGAUGGAGCAUUGAACACCACUCUGACUGAAAAAGAGGCGUGGGUGCAGUUCUCUCCGUCUCAGGAGCAGCAGCAGUGUUUGGGCUGUGGAAAGUCGGGUCUGGAUGGGGAUCUGCUCAUCACCUAUGAUGUCAACAGGCCCCAGUCAAAGGGAGACCUGCAGGUGUCAAGGGGUUAUUUUGUUCAUUACUUUGCCCCCAGGGGCCUUCCCCGCAUCCCCAAAAAUGUGGUUUUCAUCAUUGACCGGAGUGGCUCCAUGCACGGAAGGAAAAUAGAACAGACUCGAGAGGCUCUGCUGAAGAUUCUGGGAGAUAUCCCUGAAGAAGACCAUUUUGGCCUGAUCACUUUCGACGAUCAGGUGAUGCCUUGGAAAAAUGAUCUUGUCCCAGCCACCCCUGACUACCUGGCAGCAGCAAAGGCGUUUGUGAGGGAGAUCCGUGAUAGAGGAUCAACGGAUAUAAAUGCAGCACUGCUUGAGGGUGUGAGGAUGCUGAACAAAGUCAAGGAGACACAACCACAGAGGAGAACCUCCUCCAUUCUUAUUCUGCUGACAGACGGAGACCCCACUUCAGGAGUGACUGACCUGCGUAAGAUCCAGGCCAAUGUAAAGGAGGCCAUUGGGAGGAGGUACACUCUGUACUGCCUGGGCUUCGGUUUCGAUGUGAACUAUGACUUCUUGGAAAAGAUGGCACUGGAAAAUGAGGGCGUGGCCAGGAGAAUCUACUCUGACUCAGAUGCAGCCCUGCAACUGCAGGGCUUCUAUGAAGAGGUGGCCACACCUCUCCUGCUAGAUGUUCAGCUGAAUUACACUGGUGCUUCCAACCUCACCCUGACUAGCUUUGGCCAGUACUAUAAAGGCUCGGAGAUUGUGGUUGCUGGUCAGGUCAUCGACAACAACCUGGAAACACUGACGGCAGAAAUCACGGCCAAUUCGAAAAGUGAGGAGAUGACGUUCCACAGUAAUGUGAACUCUGAGAUCAUGAACUUCUACAUCUAUGAGAUGUAUAUCCAAAGACUAUGGGCCUACCUCACUGUACAACAGCUGCUGGAGAGAGUGGUUCUUCUGCAGGGACAGGAGCAGAAGACAGUGAGAGAGCAGGCUCUGGCCCUGGCUCUGAAGUACAGCUUUGUGACACCACUCACCUCCAUGGUGGUGACUAAACCAGAGGGAGAGAAUGCGCAGGUGGCCCACAAACCCAAGGAGGGGGAGCAUCCCACAGCCAGAGGAGGCCCUCCUGUGAUGCAUGGGAUGGUAACACGACGAGGUCAUGCAUCGCCAGGCAUGCAGGGAUUACCAGGACCUCCUAUGAUGCACCCAGGCUUAGGUAUGCAACCAGCACCUCCUAUGAUGCACCCAGGCAUGGCAAUGCGACCAGCAUUCCCAAACCUGUUUACCUCUCACCCAGGUGGGAUGCAACCAGAUCAAUUUGAAAUGGACAUGGAUUCUGACCUUGUAGUUGAUAGUGUUGAUACGCUUUAUGAUGAUUAUGUCCAUGCCACACACAUAAGUUUUACAACUGCCCACCAUACAACAGUGGCACCUACUGCUCUCACUGACAGUCAGAGCCUUAGACUGCUGCUCCCAGCUCAGGGUCAGAUGGCCCCACUCUGCUACGAGCUGGAUGUUCCUGGAGAGCCUAUAUUCAGCCUACUGGAGGACAGAAACACAGGCCUGUCCGUCACUGGGCAGAUUGGAGGUGCAGCCAGGAAGCGCUUCAGGAAGAUCGGCCUGCACUUCGGGCAGGAGUGGCACAUUGUAGUAAACACUACCUUCAUCAGCUUUACGCACAAACAGAAGACAGACCUUUAUGCAUGGGCCCAGUUCCCCAUUAAUGUUAAGUCAAACAGUGUGUCACUGCUUGGGCAGGGCAGUGAGCUUCAGGUGACUGUGGGAAGGACGCGCAUCCUCAUCCUACUGCACCAGCAGGGUGGGGACCACUUUCUGUGGCCAGAUGUCAGACAGCAACCACCUGGCAGCCAUGCCACCGGACUGAUGGGGCGGCUGCUUGUUGAGUAUGAAGUGAAACAGAUGGCACCAUCGGUUGAAUUACAGAUCCAGGGUCAGGUGGUGUCUGCAACUAAGGUAUCUACUGUGGACUACAGAACCCUCUCCGUGCCCACUGUUCAUUGCUGGCUGAUCUCAUACCACUCUUUCCUCCAAGGGGAGCUCUCGAGCCUUAUUGUCUCCCAGCUGUAGAGAGCGGUACUGAGGCACCUGCCCUCUGCUCCUACUACUACAUUACGAAAUUCCUGUCACAUGACCGCAUUUUGUAGAACUGUUUACUUCCUUAUCACUGAAACCAAAACUUCUUCUGAUUUGCUUUAUCAAAAAAAUGUUAUGCUCUCAGAACUUGAUACAUGUGUAGAACAUCAGAACAAAUACCAAUACUGUCAGAUAUUUUGAUUAAAAAUAAAAUGGAAAUAAAGUAGCA